AUGUUGUACGAGUGCAACUUCAUUAUGUAUCAUCACAGGGUGACUUAUCACUUUGGAGAAUGUUCAGAUCCUGGACAUCAUGCAGCCAUAAAAGCAAUUGCAGCAGCAAUGAUAAAUUACUCAGGUUUAACAAUGACAGGCUUAUUAUAUUUUUACCUUUGUUUUGGGGUAAUAUUAUCCAUAAAUGCUAAACCGAGCGCUGUUAGAGACAAAAAGUCUUUCUUCAGCUUUUUCGCUUUGGUUGAUUUUCCUAACGAACUGUGCCAGACAGAUGAUCUGCUGGUCGGAACUUGUUACACUGAAUGGGAAUGCAAAAAUCUCGGAGGGAAAGACAGAGGCAGCUGUGCUGCAAAGUUUGGCGUAUGUUGUGUGUUUGAGGUGAGUUGCGGUGAUGUAGUUCGGCAUAAUAACUCAAUAAUCCUAAGCCCCAGCUACCCUUCUACUUUCACUGAUACUCGCCGCUGUGACGUCACCAUUAAGAAACUGCCUAACAUCUGUCAGGUUCGACUAGAUUUCGUAAAGAUGACCCUCGCCCAACCUAGUAACACUGCAUGUGUUAAUGACCAGUUUUUUGUUCCUGGCUUCCUGAACAUUCCGAUAAUCUGUGGCGAAAACAGUGGACAACAUAUUUAUAUCGACUUUACGGAAAACAACGAGCUUCCUUUAAGUUUCGUAACUGCUCGUGUUUCAGUGGAACGAGUAUGGAACGUAAGGGUUGCAUUUAUUGGUUGCGACAGUCCUGAACGUGCUCCUGGUGGAUGUUUGCAGUAUUACAAAGGAACGAAAGGUUAUGUGUCAAGCUUUAACUUUGAGUCCACACUCGAAAACAUUCCUCGCCACUUGAGUGACCAAAACUAUGCCAUAUGUAUACAGCCAAAUCCAGGAUUUUGUCAUAUCCGCUGGACACCAGAAAGUUUCGAGCUAACCGGGUCGGAUGGCACGGCCAUGCGAGGAGAACCGUGUCAGUUCGACUGGGUCUCCAUCCCAAAUGCCUACAAAGAAGGUGGAACUCUCAGCUUCGAUCGAUUCUGUGGCACACGACUUAAUACGAUUAAAAAAUCCCCUGAGAGUGUUUCUCUAAUAAGUGCUACGAUGCCCUUCACGUUACGUUUUGUAACAAACGCUAAAGAACUUCCGCAGAGCAAGAACAGAGGCUUUAAAAUGAAGUAUGAACAACUACCCUGUGUUGUGUAGGGAAAACAUAAAACAGGUAUUCAUACUGUGCACUCUACCAGAAAAGUAUUGAAGUCGACAAUUUUGAAAAAUACAGGUUUUUAUUACACCAUUUCCUAUGUAGCAUUACACUAGUGAUGAUUUUUUAAUUUUGAUACUUAGAAAUUUGUUAAAGACAAUUACUUCAUGUUAAUCAAUAAUUCACUAAUGAAGCAAAAAACAAUUCCCAAACAAAUGUAUAGUUGUAUGUAAUUCAUUUCUCUUUGACCUGAACAACGCAUAAUGGUUAUACUACUUAACCUUCAUUACUUUCUUGAAAAAGAAAAAAAGUUGUUUAGUAUGGUAUUCUCACGUUCAUUAAUUACCUAAUAGUAAAAAGAGCGCUGUAAAUA